CCUGCAGCUGGGGAAGGGGCUGGCCAGGACCCCCACGGCCAGCAGUGUGGGUGGCUCAGGGGGAUGGAGGCAGGUGGGACAGUGCCGAUGCUGUGCGGUGAGAUGCAGAAGGCCCAGGCGAUGCAUGGGGACCACAGUGCCGCCGGCCGUGCGAGCGGUCGGGGAGCGGGAUGCUGGUGGUGGGGGUGGAAGGCUGGGCCCGGGCGGUCUCCAGGCAGUGUCCGAGCCCCGCUCCCAGCUGGGAUGUGGGAUGGCAGCGCCGUGUUUGCGAAGAGUUAAGGAGGCGGAAGAGGCAGGAAGCGGCCCGAGCUGCUCUCCAUAGAAACCCGCGGCCGUGAUUAAAGUCUGAUGCGGCCCGAUAGCGGGGGGGAGAGCUGAGGCGGGGAGGGGGGGACAUUGCCCGCUUUAAUUACAGCGGAGGAAAUUGCUGGAGCCGGGGCCCCGAGCCCCUGCGAGUUGCCUGGAAACUCCCCCCCCGCCGCCCCCGCCUCCCCCGUCCCCUGCCCGUCCCCUGCCCGUCCCGCUGCCAUUUAUUCGCCAUCAGCUGCUCCCUGAUAAAGUGGAAUAAUAAUAAUAAUAAUAGGGGCAGGAAUAUUAAAACAUGCAGCCCGCGGGCCGCCCCCACAGCUGCCAUGAGACACGGCGCCGGAGCGGUGCCACUGCUGCUCAACAUGUACCUGCCAGAUCCAGUCGGGGAAACUUUGUUCAAAGACGGCAAGAGCCAGGCGUGGGGGUCCCUCAGUCCGGGCGUGCAGAAAGGCAGCGGGCAGAUCCAGCUGUGGCAGUUCCUGCUGGAGCUGCUCUCGGACCGGGCCAACCUGAACUGCAUUGCCUGGGAAGGCACGAACGGGGAGUUCAAGCUGAUCGACCCCGACGAGGUGGCGCGGCGCUGGGGCGAGCGGAAGAGCAAACCCAACAUGAAUUACGACAAGCUGAGCCGGGCGCUGCGCUACUACUACGACAAGAACAUCAUGACCAAGGUCCAUGGCAAGCGCUACGCCUACAAGUUCGACUUCCACGGGCUGGCGCAGGUGUGCCAGCCGGCCGCCCCCGAUCACACCCUCUACAAAUUUCAGGGCAACCUGGCCCCGCUGCCCUUCUCGGGCAUCUCCAAACUCAACCUCAUGACCUCAGGGGUGACACCAGCCGGCUUCUCCUACUGGCCUGGCUCCAGCCCAUCCCUCUACCCUGGGCACGGGCUCCAGCCCUCUGCCCCGUUCAGUGCCAUGGCCGCCUCCCACCUCAACAACAUGAACAACCAUUACCAUUAGAAGCUCGGCCGCGCCAGGCAGACCUCCCCGUCCCUGGCAGCAUGGGGCUGUGGAGCUGGGGAACUCAGCAGGGAGGGAUGGGAGGGUGGGAUCGUGCUCUGCUCUCAGUUGCCCCCUUUUAGAUUUGGAAGGUGUUGUGGGGGGGCGAGGGGUGCUUGCAGGGUAGCUGGGUUGGUUCCCUGAUGCGGGUGGCUGGAGGAGAGAAGCCAUCUAAAUUUAGGGUGAGGAGGGAUCCAUGAUCCUGGGAAUGGACAUGAAAACUACAGCAGGGUGUGAAUGGAAGUAAAAACCAUGGGCUCUCCUCCUGGCAGGGACCGUCCCCCCCUUUCCUUUGCAACAUGCUGCCCACCCCAUGAACAUCCUUAGCUCUGCCCCCAGCCUGUGCUUGCCCUUCCCUCUCCCUGCAGAGAGGAGUCAGGAGCUGGGACCCCAGGGCAGCUGUGUCCCGGGGUGAGGGUCCCACUGGGCAGGGGCAGGGAAAGGGGACCCUCCUUGCUGCUCUUCGGUCCCCCAAAGCCUUCCUUUGGUCUCCAAACCAUUCCUUUCCUCCAUCCCUCCUUCACCUCCUGUUGAUGGUGGCCUCCUCCAGACCCCAGGAGAAGCCUUGCUCUGGAGAGCAGGGGCCCUGCAUGGGUUAAGUCCUGCCCAGGGAGGGCUCUGGGGUUGGAGAUACGAGGGGCAGGUGUAGAGGGCACUGCCAGCCCUCAGGGCAAGGCCAGAGCUUGGAGGGAGCAGAGCCUGGCCCCUGCAACUCCGCCCUCUCCCCACUGCCCGAGGACCACACCACAGAGUGGGACAGUCCCCAACACCCUGCACAGGAGCCCACGUCCUGCUGGUCACUUUCAAGUUUAAUGCUCCAGUUUUACUGUGGCUUUUGCACCUCGCACGCAGGGUUUGGUGGGACACCCUCCAUGGGUGGGGACUGCCCCCAAGACAAGGCUUGGUGGGAAGUGGAGCAGGAGGAAGGACGACAGCAGGGCUGGGAGCCCCAAGCACUGAGGGGCAGCCCUGGGUCUCUCCCCCCAGGUCCAGGGAGGUACCCCCAUCCUCCGAAGGAGGACAUUGGCCCAGUGGAUGCAGAAGAGCUGGGUGUGCUUGGUUCUGCACUGGCUC